AUGAAGAAGUACGGUAUCAACCGCAAGGUCUCCACUGCUUAUCAUCCUCAGACAAAUGGGCAAGCUGAGUUGGCGAAUAGGGAAAUCAAGCACAUUUUGGAGAAGACGGUGAAUCCAAACCGGAAAGAUUGGAGUCUUCGUUUGACCGACGCACUUUGGGCUUAUCGCACAGCUUACAAGACCAUCUUGGGAGCUUCACCGUAUCCUGGAGCACACAGAAAGCUCCAACUCAACGAGCUUGAAGAAAUUCGGAGAGAUGCUUAUGACAACACUUCCAUUUACAAAGCAAAAGUCAAGGCCUUCCACGACAAGCGAAUUCACCGGAAAGAGUUUGAGGUUGGACAAAAGGUACUCCUAUACAAUUCUAAGCUUCAUUUGUUUCCUGGUAAAUUACAUUCUCGUUGGGCGGGCCUUUAUGUUGUUGAACAUGUUUAUCCUCAUGGUGCUAUUGAUGUUGUGAAUCCGUUAAAUGGUAAAUCUUUUAAAGCGACCGGUUGUUCGGAGGGGUAUUGGGAUGAGCAAUCAUUGUGGAAAGGUGUUUUGAGGGUGUCAUUUGAAACAUUGGAAGUUCUGGAUUUCAAAUUGAAGGAAGGGCAAAAUUGUUGGGGUAUUUGA